AGGGUAGAGUGAGAAGCAGUUGCUGGCAAUAGUAGCCAACCUCAGCCAGCACCAAGUUCUGGUUCAGCUGUAAGGGCAAGAGAACUCGUGAAGACUGUCGACUCCCAGGACUUCAGCACCUGAGACAGCUCUCAUAGUCCCAGAAAAGAAAGCUCUCGAAGAACACUACUCGGCAAAGUCCUGCGAUGGAAACAAGAAGUAAGUCCCAGCUUCUUGUGUUCCUGACGCUGUUCAGCGUGCUCUUCUCCCAGACCUUGGCAUGGCCUCUUUUUGGAGCACCUUCGGCUCUGAGGAUGGGGGACAGAAUACCAUUUGAAGGAGCAAAUGAACCUGAUCAAGUUUCAUUAAAAGCAGAUACUGACAUUUUAGAAGGUGCACUAGCUGAAAAUGACACCCCUUAUUAUGAUGUAUCCAGAAAUGUCAGACAUGCUGAUGGAGUUUUUACCAGUGACUAUAGUAGACUCUUGGGUCAACUUUCUGCCAAAAAGUACCUUGAGUCCCUUAUUGGAAAACGAGUUAGCAAUAGCAUCUCAGAAGACCAGGGACCAAUCAAACGCCACUCAGAUGCUGUCUUCACUGACAACUACACACGCCUUCGAAAACAAAUGGCUGUGAAGAAAUACUUGAAUUCAAUUCUAAAUGGAAAGCGAAGCAGCGAAGGAGAGUCUCCUGACUUUCUUGAAGAGUUAGAAAAAUGAUGAGAAAGCUCUUUGGAGCAAAGCUGCUGACAACUUCCCAGUGAAUUCUUGAAAGAAAACAAUAAGUGAAGUAAUUUUAUUUUGAGUUCUACAUAAGUAAUUCAAGAAAACUACUUCAAUAUCAAAACCAAAUAAAAUCCAUUGUGUUGUGAAUGUUGUGAUUUACUUUACUCUGAUGUAAUAACUGUGAUGUUUACACUGUAAAUAUUAUUUGUGAGUUCUGAAAUUUGUCUUUAACUCAUGAGAAUUCUGUGAUUUCAUGUGCUGUGUAUCCCUUCUAAUAAAAAUAUAUUUAAUGAUAAGUAAAUACUAGGUUAAUUCCAAUUAUAUGAGGCUUUUUGGAAGGAUAGUAAUCAAGCAAAAUUGAUGUGUUUAUUUAUAGGACAUACUUAACUAUGCAGAAGAGUGGUGGAGGAGAUAAUUAGCACAUCUAAAUUUGAAUGUUGAGCAGAUAGAAUGCUGUGUUAAAUAAACUUCAGAGUAUCUAAGAGAAUACCAAAAGCAAAGAUUAAAAAAAAAUUCUCAAAAAAAAAAAGAUUUUCAGAAAAUGUGUGUUUCCGUGUUCUUAGGCAGCAUUUAUUUUGAAAGAGAUUUUUAAAUCUUUCAAAUUUGAAUCUCUAAUUGCCAAAUACUCUUCUGAUAGAAUGUUUCAGUGAAGGAGAAUGGCCUCUAUUUCUGACACUGAACUUUUCCUUUAUGCUUGUGUUAAGUAUGUGUAACAUGUAAACUGAACAGAACACUUGUUUUUCAGUGAUAAAUAUUUUUUCCAUUGUCUCUCAGAUAAUGCUUAGGUCAUAUCAGCUUUAUUCCGUGAAAGUACAUUUGGAGAAACAACUAUUUUUCCAAAAUGAUUGUAAGAAAUUAAAUAUAGAAAAUAAAGACCUUUGAUUAUCAUUGCA